AUGGACGCACUCCCUUCCCUCCCCCUCAUGCAGGCUAUCCCCGCCCUGCUUGGCCUCCCCCUCCUUCCCCUCUCCUUCACCUUCCUUGGGCUUGCCCUUCUCUACCCACGGACAGCUCUCACUACUGAGCAGCGGUUCUCUAUCCUCCUCCCAGCAGAGGAGAAGGAGAGGGUUACCGUACCUCCUUCGGGAAUCAGGCCGGGUAGCCACACGAGCAGGCACACAACCGUGCCCUCAACCAUCGGGACAGGGUUCGGCAGUGCCGGGCUGGCAAUCGUCCUCCCCGCUGUGACCGCCGCCCUCGCCUUCGGUGCAGGGGCUGUGUGUCAGCUUGCUGUUAUCGCCAGGCAAAAGGAGGGGGGCAAUGGAUUGGUCCGCUCUGCGGGCCUCCUGAACACCCUGGGAGUCUUCUUCGCCGGUCUCGCUCCGAUCGUCCUUCUCACCCGGGGCUCACUGAACCACGUCUUCCCCACUUGUGCGACUCUCCAGCCUCUGCAGCGCGCCUCCCUUCAUUUGCGCACUGUUGAGCCCUACACGAGGCAGAAGCGCUCCUCCUACCGCAUUGGUCUUUUGACCAUCACGCUCUUCGUCGCCUGCCUCUACACACUCCUCACCACCGUCCUCGCGCCCACCCUGCCCAUCCCCACAUCCGCACUCGCCCUCGGCCCGGGGAUCGAGUCCGUCGUACUGCUCUUCCCCCUCCCUUCGAUCCUACACCUCUCUCCACACCGGCCGGUGCUCGUCCUCCUCCUGCUCGCCCAUUUCUUUGGGCUCGUCUCCCGCGCUUCCCCCCUCGCGCUCACCUUUGAGCCGUCAGGCACGAUGCUCGCUGCAGCCCUCCAGAUCGCCGGCUCCGCAUGUACGCUCCUUUGGGCUUCCCUACUUCUCCUAUGCACAAGCGUGCUCGCCGCCACCCCCCAGCGCCCGGCCGGACCCGUCCCCGGUCUCUACCCAACAGCAGGAACCCACCUCGCUCACCUCCAGGCCUCGCUCGACCGCGCCGCAACCCCACUGGGCAUCCCCGUCCCUCUCCGCCCUUCCUCCCCCAGGCCCAGCACACGCGCGAGCGUGAUCGACAUCUCCGCCCAGUCCCGCGCGUCAUUUGAGACGCUCUCCUCCCAAGGACCGAAGGACGCCGACCUUCCCGGAUACACAUCUGACCCCGCGCCGGCAGAGCUAAACGACCCCACCGCAUUGCUGACCGCUGCUCUCCUACGCACCCUGGAGGCAACUCCAAGCCAAGCGAGUGCAUAUGAGAGCGUCCGCUCCACACUCCCGCAAGAUUUCACCCUCACGCUCCAAGGCUCUCCCCUCCAGUACCGGACAUCUUUCCUCCCCAGCCUCUCCUCCUCCCAACAGCAGACCCCCUCCCGCCCUCGUACAGCCGGCAGCGCGGUCCAAAGCCUGAGACGCACUAUCUCCCGACUGGUAGGCACCAGCCCGUCUAGGCCACACACUGCUCCCCACCCUACCGCAUCAGCAGACCCGGACUGCUCCAGCGUGCCAAACUCGCGGCUUACCCCUCCGCAGACAUUUGGGUUCUCUGCUCCUGCUACGCUGGAGGCGGGGGAAGGGAACUGGCUGGAAGAGCUGGACGCUAGCCCGACGGCAAGACUUGGCCGCCGGGAGGAGAAGAAAGCUGGCGUGAGGGUCGAGGUGGAGACCGAGACUGAGAGCGAGGAGUGAACUUUUGUUCCUCUCUACACUAGGCUUAAACACGUGGAAUCGUAUUGAUGAUCUACGCCCUGGAUUGGCACUACACUACUCGUUUCCUUAUUACAGUAGAGGAUCAGUCUUUGUACGCGCUUCUAUGGAAAGGUGGAGUGGCGGGGGCAUUUGUAGCCUUGGAUUUUUCGUAUUUUAUUUAUGUUUGGGAGGUUAUCGUAAGUGUAUGAAUAGUAAAUUAAUUCGAAUUUGUGAAUGAAACUCGU